UCCCCUCCAGAGCCCUGGCACACACCGAGCACAAAGCCAAUUUGCAGGGAACGCUUUCUUUCCCACAAAUGGCACAAAACAGCUCAGGCUGAGCUCUGCCCGUCCCUGGGGCGAGCCCGGCUCUCUCUUGGCCACUCAGAGCAUCCCUGGGGCAGAGCCAGGGCUGGGAUUGAGCCGCCCGCCCCUUCCCGUCCCGGCCAAAAGGAGCAGCAGCAGCAGCAGCGCUCCCAGAGCCUCCCGGCUCAUUCAUUCGGGCUCCGCAGCUCCUCCCGCACCGAGGAUCCCGGCUCUGGGCAGCCCCAGCUCCCGGGAACAGCCGGGACAAUGCCCCGAGAAUUCCUGUCCCUGCUCACCCUGCUCUGCGCCUGCAGCGCUGCCGGCUCUGCCCUGGAUGAAGAGGAUGACUACGAGCUCAUGUACGUGAACCUGGAUAACGAAAUCGAAGGUCCGGCCCCUGCCGCUGAGGAGGCUGCUUCGUGCGACUGCCAGCGGGAGCACAGCAAGUGGGACAAGCUGUUCAUCAUGCUGGAGAACUCGCAGAUGAAGGAGAACAUGAUGCUGCAGGCUCUGGAUGAGCUCCCCAGGCUGGAGCUGCAGACCCUGAAGGCAGAGCUGAGCCAGCUCGCCACCACCCUGGCGGGCACCUUCACCUCUGUCACCUCCCGUGUGGUGAGCCAGGUGGAGCAGGCGCUGGUGAGGAGCAGGGAGCAGGCUGAGGAAGGCAGGAGGCUGCAGGAGAUGGAGCAAGGGAAGGUUCUGGAGCACGUCCUGCAGCUGAGCCACAACGUGUCCGUGCGGCUGGGCUGGCUGGAGAGCGCCUGGCGCAGCAGAGCCCAGCAGCGGCUGCAGGAAACUGCUCUGGAGCAGGACAAAGCCGGGGCCAGCACAGGGGACAGUCUCAUCCUCAACUCCGUGUGGAAGGAGCUGCAGCAGACCCGGGCUGAGCUGAGGGUGUCGCAGCAGUGGGCAGCUCAGCACCUGCUGCCAGCAGGUAAGGCCAGGGGAGAGCUCUGGGGAGGGCACCUCCAACAGGGACCCCCAAAACCCCUCCUGGGCACCUCCUUCUCCAACAGCUCCAAACCCCAGGAGCAGCAGGGCAGCUUUGAACAGGCUGUGAGAGAAGAGGGGAACCCCAGAAGCUGUGGGAAAAGAGGCAGUGAGAUUUUUCAAAUGUGGGAUCAAAGAAAGGUUUCAUCAAAGUCCUUGUGCAGGGCAGAGGAUCCCACCUCCUCCAGGCUCUCCCAGAUCAAAGCCAUUGUCAGAAAGCAACAAAUGUAUUUUAGACAUCCAGAUUAUAUUCUCUCACCUUUUGCCUUCCCAGCUGGUGGCUCCUAUGUAUUUGCACAAAUCAUGGAGUUUCUUGUUUUCCUGCAUGCUCCCACUCCUUCCUCUUCCCACGUUAGCAUCUCCUGGGAUGUCAUCUCCAGGAGCUGGAUGUGCUGCUGCCAGCCAGCCAAGCACACUCCCAGGGCAGGGAGAGCACAUUCCCUGUGGAACUAUUGUGCCCUGAAUAUUCCCACUGGCACAGAGAAACCACUAACCCGUGCUGCUGUUUGGGGGAUUUUCCUCCUUCCAAAACAUUUGCACUGCUCAGUGGGGUGGCCACAGAAAGGUGGGCUCAAAUCCUCAAAUCCCAACCCAGCUUUUUGGUGCAGUGACACCCCAAAAAGCAGCAGCUUGGGUGUGGCAGAGCAGCCCCUGAUUUGUGUGAGGUGUGGGUGCAGAAUUAGUGUGUGUGAUACAAACUGUGCUGAAUUCAUCAGCGAGCUGUCACUGCCCCGCUCUAACUGCUGCUUAAUGGCUCUGUUCUCCAAAAAUACAAAUUAUUGCAACUUAAACCUCCCCAAAAUGUACCCCCGCAGGGUGGGUGUGUAGGAAGGAGGGGGUGCAGCAUCUCCAGAGUGAAUUCUCACACCAGGGAGCAGAAGGGAGCAGGAAUUGCCACAGCAAAGGCAACGACACAGCCACAACAUCAUUUCCAUCAAAACUUUUACAGCCUAACCCAAACCCAUCCCUUCAUGUGGGGCACACACUCGGCUUUAGAAGUAAAUUGUUUUCACUGCUUUAUCACAACACCUCAAAUCUUUGUGUGCUGGGAGGAGAUCUUUGAGCAUAUUCCUAUUUUUCCUCAAGCACAAACCUUGCAGAGAUCUCAUUCCUUAUUUCUGUACCCCAGGCAGCCUCAGCAGCUGCCCUGCACUAGGUGAGAGCAACAAACUCGACCUGCACUGAGGAUCAUCAGUGGAAAUUCAGUUUCUUUCCGCUGGUUCCCACAUGAUUUUACACAAAACAACCAUACUUGUAAAUUUAAAGGCUACAUUUUAAGUACUUCCAGAGUAUCUCUCUGUUUUUGUUGUUUUUUUUUUUUUCUCCAAGGGAAUUUUUAGCAACUGACUUUAAUUUCUCACAUCUUGACUUACUGCCAGCCAUACUCUUGAGGGGUUUUCUAAUCACACUUUUUUUUGUUCUUCACUGAGGCUGGUUUUAAUUUUGUUUAGGCUUUGAUAAUAGAGCCUGAAAGCCUGCUAAUUAAAAGCUUUUUCACAAUAGUGCUCCUAAGUAGCAUUUUAAGGAGAAUCCCCAGCAGUUGCUCACUGACCCUGCCCUUCCUCAAAAGGGUCAAUGGGAGAUGGAAAAUCUGCUCAAAGCUGGAGGGAAGCAGCCCAUGAAAUCCUGCAGCAGCUCAGUCCUGGAGGGCACAAAGAGUCCUUCAUUCCCCGGAGCAGAAAUUUCCACACACGUUUUAGACAUUUCAGAUCCUCCAGCUUCUUUAAACAGGAAAUGAAGCAGCUUAAUUGGAGAAGGGGCUGCUUGUUCCCUCCUGUCACCUUGGAUAUUAACUUAGGUACACGCAGGGAACAGCCCAGAAACCACCAGAAAUGUCCUGGCUUUCCUGAUCACCAGUUGCUUUCCCAAAUUGCACAAGUUUCUCUUAGUGGAUUUAACUAAUCUAAUUUCUAUUAUCAACACUUUGAUUAAUUGGACACGAGAGAAGAGCUGGUUUAAAAGUAUCAGUUAUCUCAUCAUUUCCCUCAUUUAAGCUGUGUCCAUGAAUGCUCCUGACCAAAAACUCCCAAAGGCAGGGCCAGCAAAGGGAGUCAAGUAAAUUAAAAGAAGCAAGCCCAUCUCAGCACC